AAUGAAUCCUCUCUCUCAUUGACCACAGUGCGCAUGGUCAUUGCUUUUGUAUCAUUUAUGUCCGUCUGAGCAAGAUCAGCUGCACUUCAUGUAUUGCAGAAAUAAGUUUUACGGCGUUGAAGUAGGCUUUUUUCAAAGGAAUCAUCGGAUAAGGAAACAGAAUAUGUCGGUAAACAAAGCUAAGAAAGUAAAAAUGGCUACCAAAUCAUGCCCUGAGUGCGACCAACAGAUUCCAGUUGCUUGCAAGUCUUGUCCCUGUGGCUAUGUAUUCAUUAGUCGAAAGCUUCUAAAUGCCAAACUGAAUGAGAGAUCACCACCAGCAAUAGACAACUUGGAUGCAAAGAGGAGGAGAACUGAAAGAAUUCGCAGAGAGAAGAUCAACUCUCCGUCAACCAAUGACAUGGAGAACAGAAGGCGAUGCCGCUCCAACAGCCAAUCGGAUCAGAUCCGGAGAGGGCGGGGCAGGCCAAAGACAGUUGGGCUGAAGAAGCAGGAGGAGGAGAAAGAAAAGUUUGAGAAAGAAGUUGAUAUCUAUGCCAACCUCUCAGAUGAGAAAGCAUUUGUGUUUUCGGUGGCAUUGGCCGAGAUCAACCGAAAGAUCCUGGGCCAAAGACUGAUCCUAUAGACAGACCAGAUGGUUGCUUUGAGGGAUUGACAUGUGAAACCUAAGAUUGUUACUGUGGAGAAACCCAUGGAUGACCACCACAGUGUAUCUAACAGGGUAUGAACUUCUGACCCAUGAACUCCCUGCCGGAUUGGUCAAAGUCUUGGGAAAUGGAGAUGUUGGGGAACAUUGAGAAGCAGGCACCUGGUCUGCUCAAGAGGAAAUGUUGGAACCAACUUUUAUCUUUAGAGAGUAGCUUAUGGAAUUGGAGGGGGUAGGACAUCUGAAUAUUUAUCUUUUAAUUAGAUUUUAUAUUAUAUAUAUAUAUAUAUAUAUAUUAGAUGAUAUGGUAUAGGUAUAGGAUUCAUCACCUUGUCAACCAAGAAAGCUGUCAGUAGCAAAUGCAAAACAUUUCUAUUAAAAAAGGGCAUAAAUGUGUUGAAGCAUGGAGGGCCAUCCUAGCAUUGUAACUGGCUUCUAUAAUGUUAUUGGCUUGUAGUGCUAGUAAACAUUGUUUAUUUAAGUCUAGAUGUCAUUGGAACAUAAUGUUCAAUAUAUUUUGUAUCAUGCUUAGGACUUUGGGAGAAGGCCUUGUACAUUUAUAUUUAUAAUGCUUGUGUACCAUCUUAAUUUAAAUGCAUAUUGUUUUGUCUUUUGUUUCAUUAUUGGUGACAUUAUAUUAAAUAUGUCAUAUUUGCUUUGGACACCUGUAAUUUAAAUGUCAAAGGCAAAUCGUUUUUAAAUGUGACUUAUUUUUGUAAUUAAAAGAGAUGAAUCACAAUCACCGCUGUCAGAUGUUGGGCC